AUGGUCCUCUCCAUGCCAAGCUCCACCUCGCAAACGGGAAACACAGGGAGCACCGAGGAUGCCCACAGGCCAGAGCACGACAGUGCGAGGUCGACCCAAGUCCCCAGCGACACCACAAUGGUAACAAGCUCGCCGGCGAGCAUGAAGCUCUUCGUGGACGUCGGCGCGGGGCGCGUGGUGUUCGCGGAGGCCGGCAAGGACGUGGUCGACUUCUUCUUCUCCCUCCUCGCCCUGCCCCUCGGCAGGGCGGACAGGCUGCUCGCCGCGCUCGGCGGCACGGGCGGCUGCGUCGGCAACCUCUACGUCAGCGUGGCGUGGAGCAGCUGGACCCGGCGCACGUCCACACCGGCGCGGCGGCCAGGGAGACCCUUCUCCAGCCCACCCUCCAGGAACGUAACGGACGACACAGGCACAAUCUGCCCGUCCUGCGGCAAACCGCUGACGGCGUCGGCGCGGUACGUGCCGCCCGGGUCGUCGGCGGCGGGCGACGUGGGGUUCGUUCGGGGCGGACAAGGGUCCAGGUAUGUCGUCACGGACGACCUCCGCGUCAUGCCCGGGCCGACGACGGCUGGUGAGCAUAUAGCAUUGUUGACGGCCCUCGGUGCGGGGAACGUCGACGCGCUCCAGGAGUUGGAAGUGCAGCUUGGGCUCACCGAGUGUACAGAGAUACUGAAGGCGUCGCUGCAGUCCAAGACCGUGCUCACCCAUGUCUUCCUUCGCCGGCGAGCACCUGGAGGCGAGGACAACUAG